GUUGAUGAAUUGGCACUUCUUCCAUAGGACAUUGUUGCUAGGAUGGUCCAGCAUCCAAAGCUAAGUAACUUCUUGAAUAUGACGGCGAUGAUCGUGGAAUCAUAUCCAGAGGGGAAAGCCUUUGUGACGAAGACGGUGGAGGAGCUACUCUUCAAAGGCUUCAAUCUGCCGUUCUUCGAUCACUUGAAUACAAUCUUCAGAGAACUGGGAUGGACGCCGGAUGAGAUUGAAGCCUUGUGGCGGGAAGUAUUACCGCGGGAUGCGAGGGAUUUCCGUUUCGCGUUCUACAGAGAUGCAGUGCGGAAUGGGACUGUGGACGGACCAUAUCUAAUCGGAACAGGAAAAGAGGAUCCCUACGAUUUUGGAAGGAUUCAUCUCUGGCAUGGAGAAUCUAAGCAUUACAUGAAGCCUUGGAGUUCAGAGGAAUGCAAUGCCAUCAAUGGCACUGACGGCACUUUAUUCCCUCCUCUCAUCCAUAAGGAGACCAUACUCCAAACUUUCGUAACCGACUUAUGCAGGUCCAUGAGUUUCAGGUACGAGAAGGACGUGGAAUUCGGGGUUAUUCUCGGAUAUCGCUUCGUUCUCCACCCUGACUCUGUUGCGUCCGUGAAGGUUCGACCAGAAAAUGAAUGUUUCUGCGUCGGCAAGUGCCUCGGAGCUGGACUUCUCGACGUCUCUAAGUGCUUCGAUGGCAAACCCAUUGUUAUGUCCUCACCUCAUUUCUUGAUUCCGGAUGGAGCAGGAGACAACGGAUUAAACAAAUCCCUAUUGGAUGGAAUUGCACCCAUGAAGGAUUCGCACGAGACCUUCCUCGACGUCGAGCCGGUGAAUGGUACCCUUCUCCGAGUCAAGAAGCGACUGCAAACCAACAUUAAGGUACGACAGGUCGAUGGCUACAAGGCAUUUGCCAACUUACCUGAAAUGGAAGUUCCUGUUUUCUGGACCGAAGAGAGUGCUGAGUUGUCCCAAGAAGAAUCAAAGGAGCAAAGGCGACGACCCAAACCGCCGAAACCGCCCAGCGGCUAUGGGUCCACCGAUGAGGAAACGCCCACAUGGGCUAUCGGUGUCGGCGUUGGAGUUGUUGUACUUGUUAUUAUUCUUAGAUGCAUCUGUAAGAAGUUAAAUUGACUCUGAUUAUAUGCACAGAUGUCAAGAUGUCCGUGCAUAGCCUUCCCGUUUCUACCUCGAACAUAUAUCUUGAAAAUAUAAAUUUCGAUGAGGUGAAAAUGCGAAGUCUGGAUGACUCCUUUACGCAUUCCUGGG